UUUUUGUUGUUACUAAUGAGUAGAAAUACAUUUCUGUCCCCUUAUCUUUCUAAUGAACUUGGGAUGAGAUGCAAAUGCCUUAGGAAUAUUGAGUUGAGUGAAUUUAAUGCAAUUUUUUUUUCUAUGUAUUUACAGAUGGGGCGUGAGUGGGUUUGGUUGGAUUCUGAACAAGACUAUCCCAAUGACUCUGAGUUGAGCAACAACUGCAGGUCCCUCUUCAGCUCGUGGGACUCCAGUCUGGAUCUUGAUGUGGGCAGCUGGAGGGAAACUGAGGAGCCAGGGACUGAGGAAUUAGUGGAAAGCAGCCCAGGGACAGAAUCUAGUGAGCUGCUUAUGGGGGACGGAGGCAGUGAGGAAUCUCAGGAAGAGACACAGCAAAUCAGCCACCAGAACCUCCUCCACUUUCUCUCUGAGGUAGCUUAUUUAAUGGAGCCAUUGUGCAUUAGCAGCAAAGAAUCAAGUGAAGGUUGCUGCCCUUCACCUGAUACCAGACAAGAGGAAAGGGAAAUUGAAGCUACUGAAGGAGAUCAGGAACCCUGCAGAGAGCCUGAAGAGCUUUCAGCUAAGGUAGAACCAUUGGUAGCUGAGGAGUCACUGGGAGAAAAUGGAAGGCCAGAGAUGGCUCCAGCUCCCUCAGAUAUUUGUGCAGUUUGGGGACUACCAACAGAGAAUGAAGAGGGAGAGGUUCAGCAAGAAUCCAAAGAAGAGGACCAGGGCGAAGGGUAUGUGUCAGAGAUGGAAGACCGGCCCUCCUCAGGUGAGUGUGAUGAUGGCUCUAGCAUUCAGGAGGCUCCUCUGGUGGAUGUCCUUUUCAGCCAUUCUACUUCCUCAAAUCUGUCUGAUCUAAGCCAGAGUGAUCCUGUUCAGGAUCACUUACUAUUUAAGAAGACUCUCCUGCCAGUAUGGAAGAUGAUUGCCAGUCACAGGUUCAGCAGUCCAUUUCUGAAGCCAGUGUCAGAAAGGCAGGCCCCAGGAUACAAGGAUGUGGUGAAAAGACCCAUGGACUUAACUACCCUGAAAAGGAAUCUGUCUAAGGGGCGGAUUCGCACCAUGGCACAAUUCCAGCGAGACUUGAUGCUGAUGUUCCAAAAUGCUGUGAUGUACAAUGACUCUGAUCAUCAUGUGUAUCAUAUGGCUGUGGAGAUGCAGCGAGAAGUCCUGGAGCAGAUUCAGGUGCUGAGUAUUUGGCUAGACAAAAGAAGAAACUUAAAUAGUCUGGAAUGAGAACCAGCCAACCCAAUGCAUGAUGAAAAACCUGUGUUGUUAACCUGGAACUGCUACCCUGACCUUUUCUGGAAUUUGGACCUCUCAUUGAGACUGAUCCAGAGAAGAUCCCAGUACUUGUUUACGUUCUCUGUUGUCUUUCAUAAUAAGAAUAAUACCUUAACUCACAACCUAGGAGUCAAAGAUGCCUGUGGACAUAAUUUUAAGAAAAGGGGGGAAACUUAUUUGAUGUAAUAAAUAUCACCCAUAUCUUUGUUCUAUAUCUAUAGGCUUAAUUUAGAGGUAAUUGGAUUAGACCUCUUAUGACUGCUCUAUAAAUAAAUGUUACUUCACAAGUAUAA